GCGCCGGGACCCGCCAAGGUGCUCGGAAGCCACCGGCGCGCACGCAGAGAGGACAUCUGGACCGGGUCCCCUUCCUGACUCCCCCAGACUCAAAGCCCGCUUGUGAGGUUGCACAGCCAGAAGCCAGCACAGCCGCCGGCUGCCACACAGCGAUUCGGAAGAGGAAAAGAAUCACCUCCAGCAAAAUGGCUGCUCUGGGGCACACAUUCCCUUUCUAUGCUGGCCCCAAACCCAUCUUCCCCGUGGACACCACCUUGGCUGUCAUCAUCACUAUCUUCCUGACUGCUUUGGUCAUCUUUAUCAUCAUCCUGCCUGGCAUCCGGGGCAAGACGAGGCUGUUCUGGCUGUUCCGGGUGGUGACCAGCUUAUUCGUCGGUGCUGUGAUCCUGGCUGUGAAUUUCAGCUCUGAGUGGUCUGUGGGCCAGGUCAGCGCCAACACAACAUACAAAGCCUUCAGUCCCGAGAGGAUCAGCGCUCGCGUGGGGCUGCAGGUCGGGCUCAGAGGAGUCAACAUUACACUCAUAGGAACUCCGGUGCAGCAGCUCAAUGAGACCAUCGAUUACAACGAGGAAUUCAACUGGCCUCUAGGGGGCGCCUACACCGAGGCCUAUGCCAAGGCACUGGAGAAAGGCCUACCAGAUCCCGUGCUCUACCUGGCCGAGAAGUUCACCCCUCGAAGUCCAUGUGGCCUGCACAACCAGUACCGCCUGGCCGGACACUAUGCCUCAGUCAUGCUGUGGGUAUCAUUCCUCUGCUGGCUGCUGACCAAUGUGAUGUUGUCCAUGCCUGUGCUGGUCUAUGGUGGCCACAUGCUGCUGGCUACUGGCAUCUUCCAGCUGUUGGCCUUGCUCUUCUUCUCCACCACCACGUCACUCACCCCACCCUGCCCCCUCCGCCUGGGCACCGCUGUGCUGCGAGUUCACCACGGUCCUGCCUUCUGGACCACCUUGGCCACAGGACUGCUGUGUAUGCUGCUGGGCCUGAUCCUGGCGGUGGCCCAUAAGAUGCAGCCUCAGAGGCUGAAGGCUUUCUUCAACCAGAGUGCGGAGGACCCUGUGCUGGAGUGGAGUCCCGAAGAAGGAGAACUCCUGACUCCCCGCUACAGGGCGGUGACUGACAGUCCUGAACCCCAGGACAUUCCCCUGUCAGAGACUCCCUCUGAGGCAUGCUGUAAGGAGGAACACCCCAAAGAUUCCGAUUGUGCCCUGUAACUCCAGACAUGGAGAGGAAUUCCUCUCCAAAUCAUGGAGCCCUCAGGAUUCACCAGAACAAUCAAUGGGGGGUGAGGGGGGAGGGAAGGGGUUGAGGGUUGUAUUGGACCCACAGCUCCAACCUACAGGUGAAGGAAAGAAAAAAGGAGGCUCUACAAAACAAAAGCCCUAAGGUACUGAGCAGAUGUGGCUCCUACCCAGAAGCCCUGUGGCUAUGAUCAAACCAAGCGAGAGUGGCUCUUAUUUUUGCACAGCAAUGCACUUUUCCUGGAUGCUUCCUCUCUUCAAGGUGUCCUUCAGUGAAACCCAGCUUUCUCGAAAUAAGGAAUGUGUGGGGAGGCAGAGCGGUUCCAAAGUGAUCUUCUUUUGGUCCUUCUUGGCCCUCAGCUACUUUUGUUUUCUUUCUUUUUUUUCUGGAUCACCUUUUCUUCUAAGUGACCUCUUGGUCUGCACUGGAAAGAGGAGACCACACAUCUCAGGCCGGGUCUAACAUUAACCAGCUGUUCCACAUUCACUUUGUGCCUCAGUUCAGUUCCCAGAUAUGUCAAAUGAGAUUGUAAGAUUUGCCAAGGAUUUUUUUUUUAAGAAAAAUAAAUAAAUCCUAAGAUGUAUAUUUUUAUACCUGA